GACUUGGCGGAGGCUGAAUGAACAUAUGUCUGUUGGGCUGGGAUGAAAGGUCUGCGCUGGGAAAGUCCCGCUCACUUCAAUGCCGGGGCAGAGAUCCCCUCAGAGCCGCGCUUUCGCGUCCCUCUCAGCGGGCGUCCUCCCGCCAACUCUCCGGCUUGGCAGUGCUCGUGGUCCCCGGGGUGUUGCUUUAUCCUGACUCCCAGAUGGCUAAUGAUCUUGAGGUUGAUUUCUGUAGUCAACCUGUGAUAAAUGUCAGAUUGCCAGAUCUCAGUCAGUUGGAUGAGACCACCUGCUCACAGCUUGUUUGCCAGCAUCCACACUGUUGGGCAGCAAUCCGAAGGCUUCAAAGAGGCCAUCCUCGAAUUCUUCAACCAAUUUCCAGAGCUCCUAAGAAAAGUGAAGAUGAACUGCCAACUCUCAAGAUAGUGGACUUAUCUUUACCUGAUUCUUUUAUUUUGGCCAAGAGAAUCAGUGAUUCGGUCCCAUUUUUCAAGCAUCCACCUUCUUUGAGUGGAGACUCUAAAGUCGAGUCGGAUUUACAAAGCAGUGUGGAAGAAUCUUUUUUAGGCUUCAGAUCUCUGAGAGACUUCCAUGGUAAGGGUUUUGGCCAGAAUCGUCGAAAACCUGCCAAACUCCCAGUGCUGAAUUUGAAUUCAACAUAUAUUCCAAAAUCUCCAGAUGGUGGGAAUUUAGUUAUGGUAUGGAUCCCAGAUGAACCUGUGAAAUACAAGAGACCUGACCAGAAGCGUAGGACAAAAUUGAGCCCAGAUAAGGCAUCUAUACCUUUGAAGAAUAGCAAAGCUAUAUCAAGCCUGGAAGGGAUCAGCAAAAAAGCAGCUCAUAAGAAAAAGAAAACAACACAAGUCCCUACUGGUGGGCAGCCCUGUUCUGCCCAAUUGAUACAUCGAUGGUUAAAGGUGCUCCCACCAUCACCAGUCACCAUGCCUUCGAAUAUGGGAUCCCUUUCUUCCUGGGAUUUCACAUUCCCUAAGCAGUUAUUAAUGAGCUCUUUGUCUAAUGAAGAGAAAGCAAUUGCAAAGAUGAACCAAUUGGAUGUCAUAGAUGAAGAGAGCCUUUUUCAAAAAAGGCAUCCAUUUAAAUUGUCCAAGACAAAGAUGAUUCUGGCUGUGCACAGAAUAAACCUUCAGGACCAACUAGUCUUUGUGAAAUUUGGAGAGACUCAUCAUCAGAUUGUCAUAAGGCUUGUUAAAUUCUCUGUUCAGGGAGCAGUACACGGAAAAAAUCACGGAUUUUUCAGAGGCCAGUGUUGAGAUAUCCAGCAAAUAUAAAAGAAUUACAUUCUAGAACGGCCAGAACAAUUCCUAAGAUAAAGAAAAAAGAUCUCAAGAUUCCAGUGCAGAAAAGUGACAAAGCUGCCAGAGAGCCAGGCCUUUCAAAGAAUGAGAUACCACAAAGCUCAGAGAUGGAGCUCAAAGAGGAAUC